AUAUCUUGCCUUUGGCAGUCGCAACCUGCGUCCUGUGGAUUGCUCUUCACAACCUCGACUAACGACAACUGCAUCUGACAGUUUUUCAACACCAGCUCUGUUUUACCAUCACAAUGAGCGUCGCUGUAAAGCUAGCCACCCGACCCCUGGGCAAGAACGGGCCCCUCGUACCGCGCAUAGGGCUCGGCCUGAUGGGUUUGAGCAGCGCGCACGGCGUGCCCAAGCCUGAUGCCGAGCGUCUCGCGUUCCUCGAUAAGGCGUACGAGAUGGGGGAGACGUUCUGGGACACGGCCGACAUGUACCACGACUCGGAAGAUCUGCUUGGCAAGUGGUUCGCGGCCAACCCGGACAAGCGCGGCUCCAUCUUCCUGGCGACCAAGUUUGGCUACCGACGCAGCGAGAAGGGCGAGCACGGCAUCGACACGUCGCCCGAAUACGCGCGGCAGGCGAUCGAGCGGUCGCUGCAGCGGCUGGGCACGUCGUACGUGGACCUGUACUACCUGCACCGGCUCGACAAGGUGACGCCGAUCGAGAAGACCAUGGCGGCGCUGGCCGAGCUGAAGCGGGCGGGUAAGAUCCGGCACAUCGGCCUGAGCGAGUGCAGCGCGUCGGCGCUGCGGCGGGCGCACGCCGUGGAGCCGGUCGCGUGCGUGCAGAUGGAGUACAGCGCCUUCAGCCUGGACAUCGAGGCGCCCCAGCACGCGCUGCUGUCGACGUGCCGCGAGCUGGGCAUUGCCGUGGUGGCCUAUAGCCCGCUGGGCAAGGGUAUGCUGGGCGGCGCCAUCCGCUCCGUGUCGGACGUGUCCAAGCCGGGCGACAUGCGCGCCGCCUUUGCGCCCCGCUUCUCGCAGGAGAACCUCGACGCCAACCUGGCGCUCGUCAACAAGCUGUCCGAGAUUGCCGGCCACAAGGGCGUCAGCACGGCGCAGCUGGCCCUCGCCUGGCUGCUGGCCCAGGGCGACGACAUCUUCCCGAUCCCCGGCACGCGGAAUCCCGAGAGGCUGGCCGAAAACCUCGGUGCCCUGCAGGUGGUGCUGACGGCCGAGGAGGAGAAGGCCAUUCGGCUGCUUGCGGACAAGGUGGCCGGAGGGAGGGAGGGUGCCAUCUUGACCGACUACUACUUUGGUGACUCGCCGCCGCUGGAGGCUUAGCCUUUAUUUAGGGUGUGAUGGGCAUAGAUUUCCCAAUGUCGAUGGUUAUGGUGUGUUUCUGAGAUAGCUCAAAAUACAAGAAAAUCCCAUCAGCCGAUACUAUAGAAGGCGCGGUCCUAAUCGCCCCUCUAGCAUUGCUGCGCUACACAUAGCAGAAUGUAUAUUCCCUGUUGGACCCUAUCACUAUCAUGUAUCAACCCCUUUCUGGGUAGAACUCCCUCUUGGCACUUGCCCAG